AUUCACGACGCUAGUGAACCACAUGUUUGCUGUCAUCUAGAGUUUGUUUUAGGAUAUGGAAGCAGUCGACGAACCACCGCUGCGCAAACGGAAAGUUGAAGAGAUCACCGUGUCGCAUGAUGUAGUUAGUAGCGGUUUUAUAUCGGAAGAAGAAUGGUCUGCCGCUGUAAAUAACGAUCCACCAUCUGGAUGGACUGACGAAGAUGAUGAUGAUGUGGUCACGGAUUUGGAGCAAGAGUUAUAUCGCCAAAUUCGCGAAUCCGACGGAUUGUGGUUCGACAUACGUAUUCCGAGUAGUUUUCUUUAUGUGUACAAAUGUGCUAACAAUGAUUACUAUCGUGAUGCUGACAUUGUUGGCAUUUGCGCUAGAGUGGGACUCCAUUGGUACAACUUUCACAAGGGCUCAAACCUUGUGUUGAUGCACGUAGAUAAAUAUAAUUCUAGAUUCUGUGCGCUUAUGACUUACCAUAUAACUGCUGAGGCUGUUGAUCCGGACAACGACUUACGUUUCACUUUCCAGACAUGUGUUACACAAGCUACAUGUAAGAACGAUGAAGACCUGAGGAUACUGACUGAAGUUUGUAGAAUAAAACCAAAGAUUCAAGGUACUGGAGACAAACCAAAGCGAUGGAAUGGCGAAGCAAUUGAUGAUUUCUACAAAGGCAAUCUACCUAAGUGGAUAUCGGAUGAUGCUUUGAUGCCAUGCAGUGAGCAAGAUCAGUUUUAUGAGGUUCAGGAGUCAGAGAUCCGAGAACACAACUGGCUUAAUCUAUACACUGAAAUCGCGUUAUACUCGCUGUGGGAAGGAGACAUGAGGCUUGGGUCUUGUGUGCCGCUGCAGAUUAUGAAGGUCAUUGUAGAGACUCGUGAAGCUGUGGAGUCAAAGGAAAAGUUGAUGGCUGGGAAUGCAAUCUUCUACAUUAGUUUCAGAUACUUGAAUGCUCCUCAUGGUCCACCUCAAGAUCACAGAGCCAUUGUAAGAAGAACAGUCGAUGGGAUUCCAGGACAUGUUAGUCUUGUGUUUAAGUGUUGGCUCCAGGAUCUGUGAAAAGACAAUCCAGUUCUCGAA